ACAGUAUUGACUAUAUAAUACUAUCCCCAAUAGAAAUAGAAUGUCCUACUACAGGACUAGACCGUAUUCAGAGAAAACACAAAUCUUUCACUACUCUAUACAGUAUGGUACCCCUGUGGUACGGACCUACAUAGACCAGUUGGCACAGGUACUCAGUGCACUCCUUGGGUGGAGUAGGAUAGAUAAGUGUCCUGACAAGGGCACGUGCCAGAAGGGUGUCAAUGGAUAUCAACAUGGCACUAAAGAUGGCUGCAAGUAUCUCAAGGAUGUAAAACAUGAGAACAAGUGUGAGAAGUGUGAAUGUAUGAAAUGGGACGUGAAGAAGCCGGACCAGGAAGGAACACCGCUGGGAAGGAAGUGCCAGAGGUGUAAGGGUAGUGGUGAUGCACAGUGUAGCUGUAGUACUGGUGGAUGUAGUCCUGGCGAGGAGUGUCAAUGCGCCAAAAAAGGCAAAUGCUGCAAGUGUUGUUGUACGGGUUGUACGAAGUGUAAGAAGGAGUGUAGUUGUAUCGAAAAGGAGAGUGAAAAGAAGGACCUCGGUAUAUAUGUACACAAAGAGACGUAUCAAUCGGCAUAUUGGUCAUACACAAAUGCUAAACAUUUCGAGCAGUACGGUAUGACAGCUACAUGGAAUGCACUCUAUCGAUAUAAAAAAGUCAAUACCAAUGACCCCCCGUCACAACGCCGACACCAAUGUGCCCAGAUAUUAUUAGGCUCCGUAUGUCUCAUUUGGAGUGGAGUGACUUAUAUGCAUUGGACAGGGAAGUACCAUUCCGGUAGCUCAUAUUGGAACAAUCACAUCCUUGACGGCAGUGGUCUAGAUGACGGUACCCUGUCCCUAUGGCUACAGGCCUUAGGGUUUCCUAGGGAUAUGAUUAAUAACCAUGGUCCUAGAAAUAGGUUGGAUGCUGUCAUAUGGGAUGGGUUUAUGGGAAGACUAUUUCUAGGGUUUACUCAUCCUAGUGGCAGUGACGGUACUACAGCAAAACAACCGUACGAUAUGAAUUACGCCGGUUUUGUACAUACUGCACAUAGGGAUUCAUUCUAUGAUAAAGCUAGAGUGUUCCCCAAGAAUGGCACUGGCUCUGGUACUGACCAGAACAAGAUUGGUGCCAUUUUCAAGCUCUAUAUUCUAUCAUGUGCCUAUUUUACUGGAUUACAGAAGAAGACUCCUACUCAGAGUACUACCUCUAAAACUCCCAAGACAAUCCGGGAGAUCCUCUACUGGCUCAGUGCAUUGCCAUAUAAUCAGGCUUACCCAGAGAUACUGGAGCAUUCCAAGGAGGUAUUGAAGAAGGUAGCACCAGAAAAGGAUGGUACUAAAACGCUUUCAUUCUACCAAACAGGCCGUACCCAUCCCAUCACAGUCCAUGAAUUCAACCUCUUUGCCCACUUCCAAGCAGUGACCCAGUAUUGCCCACUGGUCCUCAUAGGUAUCCAAGGCGGCAUACACAGCACUAAAGGCACUGACAGCACUAAAGAACCACCUAUUCACUCCCUCUAUGCUAACACAGAAUGCCACUUCACAUAUCCCACUGUAUCUAUCCAAGCAUACAACCAGGUGGUUCACUACAUUAGGGCUCUGUUCUACCAGUUGUACUUCCUUAGGAAGCAAUGCGCGGUUAAAGUGACUUGUGGAGGGAAAUGGCGUGAAUGUAGGUAUGGCCAGGGGGUAGUGUCCAAGGGGGUAAUUAGCUGGAUGUGCCUGGGGUGUGACCCCAUGGAGCAUGAUAGGAAAAGUAGGGUAAAUAAGGUAAAGGAGGGGUUAGUGGGGGUAACGAAUGGAACAGGGAAAGAUGAUACAUUGAUGAAGUCUCUAGUGGAUGUACUUGAGGAGAUUGGUGAUGUAGUGGUACAAUUGGGUAAUGCCCAAGAGAGGUUGGAUACGGGAAAUAAUGAUCUAGGGGGAGUGAUGAAGGCACUGAAUGGAGUGUUUUCAGAGGUGAAUGCUGGGAGUGAUCUAAAGGGGGUACUACAGAAGGUGCUAGGAAAAUUGGAGACGGAGAAAGUGAAUGGACUAGAGGAGAAGGCAGGGUCACUGAAUGGACUAAAGGAGGCUACUACGAAGGCUAAGGCGGCACUAGAGGCGGCUAAGGAUGCAGUUGGGAAGCAAAACGGUACGGAUGUUGAUCCAUGUAAGAACCUAGUGAGUGCUGCUAUCCAUGGGUUACAGAAGGCAUUGGAAGCAUUUAUGAAGUGGGCAGAACAAGAUGAAAAGGAUGUUAUAGAGCAAGCUAAAAAGACACUGAGACAUGUAGGAACACUAACAAACGCCGGAGAUGAAGUAAAUUUGCGCAAUGUUAAACUGGAAGCACACUAUUCGGCAAUUCUCAAGUCCAUCAAAGACCUCCUUUCCAUCUGCAACUCUCCCAAAUGCCCGGGAUGUGCAAAACACAGUGACAAGUGCGGCCAACCAUCAAAACCCACUAUCUGUGACAAAUGCCACCAACCCACGACCACUGGUGUCCCCUCCCCCCUCCAGGCAUUCCUGGAAGACAGGUUACCAGGCUUUAGUUGUGAAAGUACUAAAGAGUUGCUAGACAAACAAGAGGAAGAUAGGGAUCAGAAAGGGGGAAAUGGGACUCUUGCAUCGGUGCUAGAAUACCCCUCUGCUGCAUCCCACUUACAUCACACCAACAGUCCUGGCCAGUGCUGCCCAUUGCCAAUGGGUUUUAGAAAUCAAUUCUAUAGUGGUAGCACCAGUGAUUGUACUGGCCAACGCCUAUAUGGCAUCCUGUACUUCUUCAGUAAUGAGAAUAUGAUGCAGUCGUGCGUUUAUACACUAGUGAGGGUAACAGCAGAACUCAGUGCUACCACACCACAGGUACUGGGUGAUGUCUUUGGGUUCUUUAGAGGUGGUGUAGGAAAUAAAGAAGAGGCGGAGGAUAAAUCGAAGGGAAAGUGUGAUCACAUUAGUAAUCCAGGUGAGAAGGGGAACGAUAAGAAGUAUUUCUGCGGCUGGUGUGCCUCUGGGUUAAGGGAUGAGGUGCAAGGUAUCCAGUGGAUACCAAAGGUAGACGAUGAUAAAGGAGGGAAGUAUAGACAGAGUGUAGGACAAGCCCUGAUAGAAAUUAAGGGAGACAAAGGCAGCGUUGGUGCCGUCGCAUAUGCCAAUCCUACUACCACCCCUAAUAACCUCUCAACACUCACUGAGCAGCCACAGUAUGUAUCCCCCCUAACCGGUGAGCUUUAUACCGCAGUAAGUGCCACUUUCGGUAACACGUAUCUCUCAUGGGUACUGUAUCUAUCAGAUGCACUUGAAGGUGGUCUAAAGUCACUGUCUGAGGCAUUCCAACAGAUUGAAUGCAAUGCGUGUAAAGGGCAAUGUGACCCCAAUAAGUGCAAAAAAGGUGAACACGGACAGAAGAGUAAUCCUCAGGACGCUAAGAGCACUCAACUCUGUCAGUGCCAAUCAAUCGUAUCAUGUACCGGGGUAUUACCGGUCUUGUAUAGACAUGGCUUCAGCUACGGUAACCCAUUCAAUCUGGAGGGGUACCGGCAGAAGGGGGAGAAGAAUGGAGAUUAUAGCAUAGAGAAGGUGGACGCAGGGAAGAAGCAUUGUCAUGAGUUCUUAAGCAGUCUCAGUGCAGUGAUCAAAAAGAAGGAGGAAGUCACCCGGGGCCAGGACUACAACCACUACCUGGAGUGCUACAAUGACUCUCCUUCUGUCCACCACCAUUCUUACACCUUGUACACCUUCUUCCCAGUUGAACUCCUUCCUGGUACGGAUUAGGUUCUUUCCAUUUCAUACAACCACACUUGUCGCACGGAUC